AUGGCCUCCAAGGGCAUGUGGGAGGUCGAUCCGGAGACUCGGUCCAAGCUCCUCGCGAUCCAAAAAGAGUCCAAGAACAGCCUAUGCUGCGACUGCGGCGCGCCAUCUCCGCAGUGGGCGUCGCCCAAGUUCGGCAUCUUCAUCUGCCUGUCAUGCGCUGGCGUGCACCGAGGCCUGGGCGUGCACAUUUCGUUUGUGCGGUCCAUCUCGAUGGACGCGUUCAAGGCGGCCGAGAUUGAGCGGAUGCGGCUUGGCGGCAACGAGCGGUGGCGCGAAUUCUUCGAGAAGCACGCAGACACUGAGCUGAGGGGAAUCUCGUGGGACGACGCUACCAUCGCGGAGCGGUACGGCGGGGAAGCCGGCGAAGAGUACAAGGAGCGCCUGAGCGCGCUGGUCGACGGGCGCGAGUACGUCCCCGGGGAGAAGAAGAAGGCUGCUGCUCCUGCCGAAAACAGCAGGUCGAGUGCGCCGCUCGGCGGCUCUGCGGACGGGUCCAAGAAUGGUGGUGGAAGGUUCCGAGACGACCCAUCGCUCAGCGGCAGCAGGUCUGAGAGCCCAAGCGGCGGUGCGACGAGCGGAGGGAAGACGAGGGUGGACGACAAAUACUUUGCCAGGCUCGGGGCUGACAACGCCUCGAGACCGGAGGACUUGCCGCCGAGCCAGGGCGGCAAGUAUGCUGGGUUUGGAAACACGCCUGCACCUGCGCCGGGAGGAGCCGGCGGCAACGCGGCUCUGCCCUCCAUGGACGAGCUGCAGAACAACCCUGUCGCCGCGCUGUCCAAGGGCUUUGGUUGGUUCACAUCGACCGUUACAAAGACUGCUACUACAGUGAAUAAUAAUUAUAUCCAGCCGACCGCGAAACAGAUCGCAGAUUCGGACUUUGCAGCACAGGCUCGCGUUACUGCAGGCACGGUCGGGCGAGCGGCGCAGCAAGGAGCCAGGAGCGCACAAACUAGCUUCAACCGAUUCGUCGAGGGGCCAGACAGCCGGCAAUAUCAGCAGGUCCGGCAGGUCCCGAUCGACGAGACCCGCAAAGGGUUCUGGGACGACUUUUCCGACAUCCCAGAACAACAGCAGAAGCAGCAGCAAAAGCCAAGCUCCAUUGGCACUGCGGCCAUGAGCAAGGGUGGCAGCGGCGGCGCAGGGGGGUCUGGAGGUGCUUCGGCUAGCCAAGCGGCUAAGAAGGAUGAAUGGGAUGAUUGGUAG